CUCAAAAAGCCAGCGACAGUAAUCUAAGGCGGAAUUAUUGCAUUUUGUUAAACACUUUCAUGUGCAAUUACUAUUUAAAUUUGAAUAUAUUCAGCAAUUAUGAUGUCUACCACAGAAGGAGAAUUGGAUGUCGAGGUGUCCCAUGAACUUGAAGAUGGCGAGUUGGAAGAUUCUGACGUGGAAGAGGGUACUUACAUCCCUCUGGCGCGACCUGAAGCUUUCAACCCGCCUUCUUUAGUGAAUAUGCAGAUUCAGGAUGAACAAAGUGAUGAGGAGUCUGUCCAGGAGUCAUCGGGCUCAGAUUCUGAUGAAGAACCUCGUCGACGGCCAAAACGGACUAAACUAAGACCUCGACGCCCACAACCACAAACUCCGUCAGGCAAAAAGGACAAAUAUAAUAUUUGGUGUAAAGCAUUGCAGGAAGAUCUUCUUACUGAGGAUAUGGUUACAUGUGAUGUAACAAAGAAAAGUAGAUAUGGUGUUGAAUCUUAUGAUUACACAAUAAAGUACAGAUUAAAUGAUGACUACAUUUCAAAUAAAAAGGUAUUUACACAGAGCCAAGAAUAUAGGAAUAAAGAUCAAUCAACAAAUAAAAGAAGUAUUUCAGAUAGAGCUAAUGUAAAACUAAGAUUGGGUAAGAGAGUAAAUAGUGAGCUGCCUUUAGAUGAGAAAAAAAAACCAAGAAUUUUACCAGAUUUACUUAUAACAACUGAUAGAUCCACAGAACAAAUAGCCAAUGAAAUUGCUGAGAAAUUGUUGGAAGAAAAAAAAGAUUUACUUGUUAGGAUUGUGCAAGUGAUUGGUGUGAGUAAAGCUAUAGAAAUAUAUAAAGAAACACAGAGAAUUGAGGCAGAUGGUGGAAUGCUUGUAAUGAAUGGUACCCGAAGGCGAACCCCUGGUGGUAUUUAUUUCUUUUUAUUAAAACGAGAUGAUGAUAUCUCCCAUAGUAUGAUAAAUAAAAUAUUUCAUGAAGAACAGAGAGAAAAUGCUCGAAAAAUAAAAAAAACACGUGCCAAAAGUCGCCAAAAAGUUAUGGAACAGUUAAAACAAAGUCUUACAGAUUCCGAACUACCGUCACUACUUUCGCGGGGCGAAGCUACAGUACAAUCAGAACACGGUUCCAAUCCACCGCCGUCACCGGCGACAGACGCACGUGAGGGCUCUAGCGACACUGACGCACACUCGCACACGGAACAACCACCAUCCCCAUCACGACCAUGUUCACCUUUACCUGACCGAACAUCGACACGUAACAUACAGCAAUAUGAAGACGAUGAUUUCUUAGAAGUUAUGUGCAACGAUGAUAUGGACUUGUUCUAAAGUAAGAGGUAGUUUUCCUGGUGCUGUGUUUCUGCCUCUAAUUGUUAGACUUAAAUUUAGUAUGUAAUUUGUUUAUUACCCUAAAUAUAGUUAGACUGUUUAACGUUACAAGUGUGUGAUGAUGCAGCAUACUUAAUAUCGAUGUGUGUUCCCACAGCGUGCAUUCCCUUUUGCAUCUCAUGAUGUGGCUGUGAAAUUUUAGACACUGUUUACAAGACUAAAUAAAUGAUGCCUUCAAAAUUGUUACUGCUUUCAGUGGUUUAUUAGUUAACACUACAAUUGGAUCAGUAUUGUAUAUUAUAUGUAAUUGUUUCACUUGCUGUGUAAUCUUGGCAUUGGUUCUGUUUUAUGUUGAAUGUUUGAAAAGUAACAUACCUUGUCUUUGUGUAUUUCAUAACACUGACUAAUUGAAAUGACUUAUAGAAAACUAUACAACAAUGGACCAUGCCAUAUUAACUAGUAUGAACUGUAAAUAUAUAUAAAUUUCCUAACUUUCAUAUUAUAUUUUGCAAAAUUUAUUGUAAUCAAAACAACUUUUGCAAUAUUACAAUAUGGAUUUUUAUUUUGGUAAUUUUUAUAUUAGUUUUAAUGAUCUGUAAUAUUAUGUUAUUUUAGCUGGUACUAUAAAAAUUGUUUUUAAACUAUUUCAAAACUGCAUUGCAAUUUUAAAAGUUUUUCAGAGUAUAAAUCUUUAAAAUGUCAUUCACAGAUUACACUUUUUAGUAUAAACCUGAUCACUUGAAGGAUACAAAUAUGCUGGCAUACUAAGUACACAAAAUUUGAAAUGGCACAAUUUGUCAUAGUAUGAAGUUACUAUCAUUACUUUAAGUACCCUUGAAAUACAAUGUUAAAACGCAAAAUGUACUAUUUUUAUAAAGCAUUCUUAGAAGCCUUAUACAUUAUAAAAAUUGGCAAUUAUCAAUUGAAUUAAUUAUACAUCCGCCUAUAAAUAUUUUUUUAUAAAUACAAUUUUAUCUCAGUGGUUUUAAAUUUUGUGCUGUAAAAUAGCCUGUAGAUGUAGACAAUAAUAGUUACUAUUUUUUAGGUUUCAUAUAGAGCAGCAUAGCAUUUAAUAGAUACAGAAAAAAAAUGAUUACACCAUUUCUUGUAAUAACUGAAAGUCAAAGUAUAUUAUAUAAAAGUUGUUAAUGGUAUCUAAAAUGUUUAAGUUAACAUAUUUUUGAUAAUUCAUAAAUAAUAUGAUCGUAAUUUUAUGCCUGUAAGUGUAGGAUUAUCUUAAAUAUUAUUCUGUGAAGAUCCUGUAUGACUAAUAAAAUAGAUUAAUGUAGAUUUACAAUACAACAAUGUAUUCAUGUAAAUAUGAUUUUGAUGUAUCCAGACUUUAUUGACCCAAUUGUUUUGUUAUUUGUACAAUAACUUGACCCCAACAUAUCUAAAUUUACUUGUCACCAAAAUGAUUUUGUUCAUCAGUAUUGAUACUAUGUUGCCAUUAUAAAAAAAUAAUGUCAUAUUUUGUAUAUAAAUUCACAAUUACAGGGAACAAUUUUUGUUUCUAAUUUGUCAAUUUCACACUCCAUAAUUACUGUGAAAUUUCUCAUUGGUUGAGCAGUUAACUUGUUUAAGUGCAGAUCACGAGGUCCCAGGUUCAAUUGCCUUCAGUCCAAAUGAAAUGGUGACGGAGUAGUCUUUAUUACAGUCCACAUGACCAGAGAGAAGACCACUCAUGCAAUAGGAGUAAUUUGAGAAAACACUUGUUAUAGGGAAUCUCCUGCACAGUUGGUGUCUCAGUUGAAAAUGGCCACAACUGAAAACAUUGUCAUAUAACUUAAUUGUUUGUUAUAUGACUGUAACAUUUUUUUAAGUUGACCUUGUACUACUUUACAAUGGCUCUAUUUAUUUAUCACAACUUAUUACAACUGUAACUCAAAGAGUUUAAGAAAUGGAUAUGCUAUGGUUAUCCUGGAUGGACUGAAUCACUGUUAGAAAUGAUAUUUAUUAUAAUUAAGGUAUCUCAUAUGUGCAAACAUAAUUGCUUAUUAUUAACUAUGGUAUUUAUUACAUAAUCAGUAGUCUGGGAUUGAUGUGAAAGUUUUCUAUGAUAAGACAAUAUCCUUAUUUGUUGUGUGAAUAAGAACUCGUAUAGAUCUCUGAAUUUUACAGAGCAGGUACUAAAACAUUUGUAUAAUAAAAUUUAUAAAAAAUCA